GAUGGCGCCCAAAUGAAGGACGCUCAAUUGAGAGUAGUGGAGAUCCUGUUAAAUUGGUAUUGUUAAUAAUAUCACAUAUUUUUUAGGAAAUGAGUAAUCUUUCACCAUUUGGAGGUGGUAAAAAUCCACCGUGGGUUCGUAAUGCAGGACAAGGAAUUCAAAAUAUUCAACAACAAAUGUUAGGUCAAGCAAUGGGUAGCAUAGGUGGACAACCUAUGGUUCAAUACCAACAACAAACCCAACAAGUUUAUCAACAAAGUUUAGGAUUACAACAGCCUAAUAUAACGAUGGCUUCAAUGGCAACACUUGGAUCUAACUUACCAUCGGGUAUAGCUGGCCAAUUAUAUCCACAAGUUGCUACUGUUUCUUAUCCACCACCAAGAGCAUUAAAUACAAAUGCAUUUCAACCUUCUGUUGCUGGUGUACCACAACAAGUGCAACAAAAUGUACCUUCGUCUUCUACCAAACAAAGAGUAUUUACUGGCACAGUUACACAAGUAUAUGACAAUUUUGGUUUUGUAGAUGAAGAUGUAUUCUUUCAAACAAAUGCGUGUGUUAAAGGAUCUAAUCCAGUUGUGGGUGAUCGAGUACUAGUGGAAGCAUCAUAUAAUCCAUCCAUGCCAUUUAAAUGGAGUGCCACUAGGAUACAAGUACUUCCUAUGGGAAAUAAUAAUAAUAGUGCUAGUACACAACAAAGUAAUCAAACAACUCGUCAACAACAGCAAUCACAGCCACAACAAAGUCGAACUUCAGGAACAUAUAAUGCUGUCCCUCCACCUGCUGAGAAUGCUAAUAAUAGAUUUACAACUAGUGCAACAAGUGCUAAUACAGCUAGUAAUCGAAACAAAGUUGGAAGAGUAAGAGAAAGAUCUCCACGAGAACGAAAAAACGAAGAAGAAGAAAUUGAAAGAAAGAGACGUCGCGAAGAAAGAAUUAGAGAACGUGAAAAAAAAGAAGAACGUAGUCCGUCGAGAACUAGGAGAAGCAAAUCUCCAAGACCAAGACGACGUACUAGAGUUGUACCGCGUUACAUGGUACAGAUACCAAAAAUAGCUCUUGAUUUACCCGAAGCAGAUGUACUCGAAAUAAGAAGACGUUAUCAAAAUAUGUAUAUUCCCAGUGAUUUUUUUUCUACCAAUUUCCGAUGGGUUGACGCUUUUCCACCACAUAUGCCAUUUGCUCUUAAUAAGCCAUGCUCUUUCCAUGUUACUCAUAAAGACGUUGAUCCUUGCACUGAAAAUACAGCAGUACUAGAACCUUCAGAUGCUGAUUAUCUUUUUUCUGCUAAGGUUAUGCUGAUAUCUAUGCCUGCCAUGGAAGAAAUUUAUAAACGGUGUUGUGGUGUAUCCGAAGAUAGAGAUCCAGAUCGCGAUUAUGUACAUCCUACGCGUUUAAUAAAUUUCUUGGUAGGCUUACGAGGUAAAAACGAAACAAUGGCAAUUGGUGGACCAUGGAGUCCUUCUUUGGAUGGUCCUAAUCCUGAAAAGGACCCAUCGGUAUUGAUUAGAACUGCAGUAAGGACCUGCAAAGCGCUCACGGGAAUAGAUCUGUCCAGCUGCACUCAGUGGUAUCGCUUCCUGGAACUCUACUACAGACGUGCAGAAACGACCCACAAGUCAGGGCGAGUGGUGCCCUCUCGCGUUGAAACCGUCAUACUAUUUCUCCCAGAUGUUUGGAGCUGUGUACCCACCAAAUUGGAAUGGGAUGGUCUGCAACUCAGCUAUAAGAAACAACUGGAGCGAAAAUUGCUGCGUGCUGCCUCUAGCCCCGACGAUUUGGAUGCUGCCAAUGACACUGAUGAGGCUGCCGUCGCUGAUCAAAAGGAUGAUCCAGUACCUGAGAAAAAGGAUCCUACUCAUUAUUCUGAAUUAGAUCCAAAGUCCAUGAACGUAAUCGAACUACGGCAAGAAUUAGCAGCUCGUAAUUUAAAUUGCAAAGGUCUGAAAUCACAAUUACUAGCAAGGAUUAUGAAAGCAGCAGCACUAGAACAAGCUAAGGAAGAAGGUCGACAGGACGACAUAGAAGAAAACGAAAAAGAUAUCUCACCUCCACCGAAGGAAGAAGAGGAUAAAAAGUUGAAAGAUAUUAAAGAUCAUGAUGAAGACAGAAGAAAACUUUGUGAACGUGAACGUGCUGCUCUUGAAAAACGAUAUACUUUACCCGAAUCAUCUCAUAUUAUUGUUCAUCCUUCCAGAAUGGCUAAAAGUGGGAAAUUUGAUUGCACUGUUAUGUCGUUGAGCGUUCUUUUAGAUUAUAGACCAGAAGAUACAAAGGAACAUUCGUUCGAGGUAUCAUUAUUUGCAGAACUUUUUAAUGAAAUGUUAAUGCGAGAUUUUGGAUUUCGAAUUUAUCGAGCAUUAUGUAGUCUUCCUGAGAAACCUAAAGAAAAAGAUGAUGAAAAGAAAAAGGAUAAAAAGGAUGAUAAAAGAGAUGAAAAAAAGGACGAUAAAAGAAAGGAUGAUGAGAAAAGAUGUAAUAGGAAAGAUGAAAGAAAGGAUGACAAAAGAAGAGAAGGAAGUAAAGAUAAGAAAGAUGAGAAAGAUGCAAAAAACAAAACGGAUGAUAGGGAUCGAGAAAAAGAAAAAAAUGAUGAUGACGAUGAUGACGAAGAAGACGAGUCUGAUGAUGAUGAUUCAAUUAAAGAUGGUAGGCGAGAUAGGGAAAAAGAUGGAAGAAAAAGGAAAAUAAAAUUGUAUACACAUGAUCCUUACCUCUUACUAUCGUUCGUCUAUUUCGAUCAAACUCACUGUGGUUAUAUAUUUGACAAAGAUAUAGAAGAACUUAUUUAUACUUUAGGACUAAAUUUAUCAAGAGCUCAAGUUCGUAAAUUAGUACAAAAGGUUGUAACAAGGGAUUCUUUACAUUAUCGUAAAUUAACAGAUAAAUCGAGGGAAGAUGACUUAAAGGAGGAAAAAAAAGAUGAAAAGGAUAUUGAUAAAUGUGAUUUUGCUAAGGUAGACGGCGAAGAAGAAAUAUUACGUUCAUUAGCACUUGGAAAUAAAAAAUUAUUACCUGUGUUUGUUGGAAGUGGACCGCUAUCAAAAAGAGCACGGAGAGAAGAUGCGUUUACAGAACAAUCUGAAGAAUCUAACAUACCAGAAGGUUUUGUUAUGUAUAAAGGCUCUUUAUUAGAUGUAGAGAAACUUGUUAGCCAAUUAAAAAGGUCAGAAAAAGCACGGUUAGACACAGAAGAACGUCUAAUGGAAUUACAACACGAAUUAUGUGUUGUAAACGACAAAUCAACAAAACAAACAAAUAGUAUUAAAGGUCUUUCUGAAGAUUUAAAAAUAUACAAAGAUAAAUUAAGAAAUACGGAUGAAAAACUUAAAAAAGUAUCGUCUGAAUGCCACACAUACCUUACAGCAGUAAAAAAUAUGUAUCAUAUAGCAGCAAAAAUGAUGCAAUCUGAUACAAGAAAAGUUGAAGUUGUAGAAAUACAAGAUGAAAAAGUUAGCGAAGUUAAUGGAUCAGAAAUUGAAACUAAAUUUAAAACGGACACAAGAUGGGGUGACAACAAAAUUCCAAUAAAAAAAGAAUUUACAGAAAUGGAGAAAGAAAAGAAAUGUGACAAUAAAGUCUCGAUUAAAAAAGAAAUCAUGGAAACAGAUAAAGAAAAAAAAUAA